AUGGCAAACAACCUCAUCCUGUUUACCGUUGUAGCUCUUACCUUUGGCUGUAUAGCCUUAGCCUAUGAGCCUAAACCCCUCCAAGAUUUUUGCGUAGCUGAUCCCAACAGCUCAGUGAAACUAAAUGGCGUUGCUUGCAAGAACCCGAUGCAAGUUCAAGCAGAGGAUUUCUUCUUUAGCGGGCUACACAUCAGGGGUAACACGUCAAACACUGUGGGAUCAAGGGUGACCACAGUCUUUGCAACCCAAUUACCUGGGCUAAAUACUUUGGGAAUCUCAAUGGUUCGGAUUGACUACGCACCAUGGGGACUCAACCCCCCUCAUACUCACCCAAGAGCCACUGAGAUCCUAACUGUUCUUGAAGGGAGCCUAGAAGUUGGAUUUGUGACUUCUAACCCAGAUAAUCGUUUCAUCACGAAGGUGCUAAAAAAGGGUGAUGUAUUCGUGUUCCCAGUAGGACUUGUUCAUUUCCAACGCAAUAUCGGUAAUGGAAAUGCUGUGGCAAUUGCUGCAUUAAGCAGUCAAAACCCAGGUGCCAUAACAAUCGCAAACGCUGUUUUUGGUGCAAAUCCUCCAAUUCCAUCAGAUAUUCUUGCCAAGGCAUUCCAAGUGGAUAGAACUGUGGUUGAUCAACUACAAGCAAAGUUCUAG